GCGGCCGGGCGCCGGCUCAGUCUCGGCUGCUCGCCGCUGUCGCUCCGGGGCCGCGGGAUGACGCCUCCUCCGCCCGGACGGGCCGCCCCCAGCGCUCCGCGAGCCCGCGUCGCCAGCCCGCCGGCCCCGGGCGGGCUCCCGCUGCGGCUGCUGCUGCUGCUCUGGGCGGCCGCCGCCUCCGCCCAAGGCCACCCGAGGAGCGGACCCCGCAUCGCCGCCGUCUGGAGAGGCCGGACGGGACAGGACAGAGUGGACUUCGGCCAGGCUGAGCCGCACACGGUGCUCUUCCAUGAGCCGGGCAGCUCCUCAGUAUGGGUGGGCGGACGCGGCAAAGUCUACCGCUUCGACUUCCGGGAGGGCAAGGACGCCUCCGUGCACACGGUGAACAUCAGCUCCUCAAGGACGUCCUGUCUGGACAAGUGGGACUGCGAGAACUACAUCACGCUGCUGGAGCGGCGAGGAGAGGCGCUGUUGGUGUGCGGCACCAACGCCCGGCGCCCCAGCUGCUGGAACCUGGUGAACAGUUCAGUGGUGCCGCUCGGCGAGAUGAGAGGCUACGCCCCCUUCAGUCCCGAUGAGAACUCCCUGGUUCUGUUUGAAGGGGACGAGGUGUACUCCACAAUCCGGAAGCAGGAAUACAACGGGAAGAUCCCGCGGUUCCGCCGCAUCCGGGGGGAGAGCGAGCUGUACACCAGCGACACCGUCAUGCAGAACCCGCAGUUCAUCAAAGCCACCGUCGUGCACCAGGACCAGGCCUACGACGACAAGAUCUACUACUUCUUCCGGGAGGACAACCCCGACAAGAACCCCGAGGCCCCGCUCAACGUGUCCCGCGUGGCCCAGCUGUGCAGGGGCGACCAGGGCGGCGAGAGCUCGCUGUCCGUCUCCAAGUGGAACACCUUCCUGAAGGCCAUGCUGGUGUGCAGCGACGCCGCCACCAACAAGAACUUCAACCGGCUGCAGGACGUCUUCCUGCUGCCCGACCCCAGCGGCCAGUGGAGGGACACCAGGGUCUACGGGGUUUUCUCCAACCCCUGGAACUACUCGGCCGUCUGCGUGUACUCCCUCGGUGACAUCGACAGGGUCUUCCGCACCUCAUCGCUCAAGGGCUACCACGGGAACCUCCCCAGCCCUCGGCCAGGCAAGUGCCUCCCGAACCAGCAGCCGAUCCCCACGGAGACCUUCCAGGUGGCUGACAGUCACCCCGAGGUGGCGCAGAGGGUGGAGCCCAUAGGGCCUCUGAAGACGCCGCUCUUCCACUCCAAGUACCACUACCAGAAGGUGGUCGUGCACCGCAUGCAGGCCAGCCACGGGGAGACCUUCCACGUGCUGUACCUGACCACAGACAAGGGCACCAUCCACAAGGUGGUGGAGUCGGGGGAGGGGGCCCACAGCCUCGUCUUCAACAUCAUGGAGAUCCAGCCCUUCCGCCGAGCGGCCGCCAUCCAGACCCUGUCGCUGGACCCUGACCGGCGGAAGCUGUACGUGACGUCCCAGUGGGAGGUGAGCCAGGUGCCGCUGGACCUGUGUGAGGCCUACGGCGGGGGCUGCCACGGCUGCCUCAUGUCCCGAGACCCCUACUGCGGCUGGGACCAGGGCCGCUGCGUCUCCAUCUACAGCUCCCAGCGGGCAGUGCUGCAGUCCAUCAACCCCGCUGAGCCGCACAAGGAGUGUCCCAACCCCAAGCCAGAUGAGGCCCCGCUGCAGAAGGUGUCCCUGGCCCGGAACUCCCGCUACUACCUGAGUUGCCCCAUGGAGUCCCGCCACGCCACCUACUCGUGGCGCCACGAGGAGAGCGUGGAGCAGAGCUGCGAGCCGGGCCACCAGAGCCCCAGCUGCAUCCUGUUUAUCGAGAACCUCACGGCCCGCCAGUACGGCCACUACCGCUGCGAGGCCCAGGAGGGCUCCUACCUGCGCGAAGCCCAGCACUGGGAGCUGCUGCCCGAGGACCGCGCCCUGGCCGAGCACCUGAUGGGCAGCGCCUGCGCCCUGGCCGCCUCCCUCUGGCUGGGGGUCCUGCCCACGCUGGCGCUCGGCCUGCUGGUCCACUAGGGACCCCCAACCCACCCCCCUCCCCGGGGGCUGCCCACGCCCCAGGCUUCCGACGCCCCAGGGCUUCUCCAAAAGUCUCCUCCUCAGAGCCGGCUGGCCCGGGAGCCCCUCCUCUGCUGCUGCCUCCCCGGGUCAGAGGAGCCCCCGGGGGACGUCCAGCCCAGCCGCGGGCGGCUGCGGGGCCCCGGGAGGGGCAGUGACAGACCGAGAGGCCGCAGCACCGGGGAUGUCCCAGGACUUAGACUUUCCAAAAGCUCCUGCUUGGACUUAGGGCAGCGAUGCCCACCCGCAGGGGUCAGGAGAGGGCAGCUGGGCCUCGGGGCUGAGGUCCGUCCGGGGCCUUGUGGCCCCCCUUUCUCCACUGCCUGCUUCCCCUGGGCGGCCGGCAUCCUGCAGACCAGGCCCCCUCGCGCGGCCCUGGGUCCCGCCGGACGGCCGCCUUGCAUGUUUAUGGAGGAUGUUUGCUUUCCGGGCAGAAGGACGGAAAAAGCUCUAUUUUUAUGUUAGACUUAUUUCAUGUAUAGCUACUUCCGACUGCAUCCGUAUGAAAAUACCAAAAGCCCUUGCUGGGGGCGGGGUGGGGGGUGGCGGGGAGGGGACUGGGGGAGAGGGUGGUCCCUGUCCGAGGCUCCCAGGGGGGCGGGGGUGGGGUGGGAUGAGGGUCCGGAGACCGGGGUAAGUUCGGGAAGGGUGGCAGGAGCUGGCCCUGGCCUGGGAGCUCGGUCCCAGGGGACAUUGUCCAGGCCCCCCCCCUCCAGGGGAGGGGGUGGUUGUGGGCAGGGUCGGGUGCGGGAGACAGGCGAGAAGGAAGCCCUGGGUGCACCGUUGGUGUUGCGGAACGGAGCCAAGUCCUCAGGGGGAGGUUCCAGGACUCAGCCCCUUGGCGUUGGGGGUCGGGGAGGCAGGGGGCGCCUCCUCCCUGCCCCUCGGCCCCCUUCCCUGGGGGCUGUGCUUCCAUGCUCCUAGCCUCCCACCUUCAGCUCAGGACUCGUCAUAACUUAAGCUAAACUGUGAAAAAUUCCGUGGGGACGGCCCUGCCCCCAACCCCGGCCGUGGAUUUUGUCCCGAGAGCUGGGCCCCUUCUCCGGCUGGGUCUGGCUGCUUGGGGCUGGGCCCGGGGCCCCUGCAUCUCUUCUCAAUGCACUUUAAUAAUAAUGUAACAUAUUACUAAUAAACGAGCUAUUUAUUUA